AUGAAGACAACCGAAAUCAUAAAACCAGCAAUGCAGGGUUGGAAAAAAUCGACGAGAAAAGUGGUUCCCGACAGAGCUCCAUGGAUAAUGAGGAUAAAACGGACAAAGAUUCUCGUUACUGAAGCCUCUCAACUUCUUCCCGUGCAUGGCAGUGUGACUAUCACAAAUGCGCCUGAUUUGGGCAGCCAUGCGUUGUUGCUAGUCAUUCGUAAUAACUUCGCGGGAUUGAGGGCAUUUCAGAUAUUUUUCAAAUUCUUUUUUGUAAUGAGCAGCGGAUUUUCAUUUGCUUUCUAUAUAUUGUAA